AUGGAUGAUACGCUGGUUAUGGGAUCGGAAUCAAAUACAGUAAUAGGAGGUGGCACAGGCGGAGGGGGCGGAGGAUUCAUAGCCUCUUCUCUCCCCUCUCCGCCUGCAUCGUCAGUCAACUCGAACUCUACCGUCACGCCGAGUCUCCCACAACAAAGAAAACAGUCCCUGAGGCCAGGAAGUGCCAAAGAGAUGACAGUCAUAAACUUUGUCGACAGUCACAUAAUAGCCAUAAACCGACGCCACGCAAAAAAAUUCAGUAGUGCGUUCGCUGAGGACGAGUGUGAGGCGGACCGUGGCUAUGAGAAUUUCCGGGAGGUUGCAAAGGACAUGGAAACGAUCGUUGAUGUGCUUUGGGUUAGUGGGACUCUCCUACUAAAUACCUACCUCCCGGACUUCCCUUUUUCCGCACGGGCGACCUUUAAACUUAUCAAUAAACUUGACACCAUUUUCGCUUCUCUGCUGCUUGGGAAAGACUUGCAAACCGGUAAUCCAUUGCCGGGCUUCGAAGGCAAGCUUGGAGUGGUUUCCAUGACAGAGAAGGUGAGGAUUAAGAGCAUUGCGGAGAGCACGCGGAUUAUUGUUGUCAGUGCGCAAGGGAAUGAGGACGGGGAAGGCGGUGUAUGUAUGGAUAUAGAUGACGACGAUGAUGACGAUGGCGAUGCGGAUUACGAUAGUGGGCAGGGGGAAAGGCCGGGCUUUGAGGUUUUUGGGGAUGAACUUGGGAAAUGGGAGACGGAAUCCGGGAGGGUAUAUGAGAGGACUAUUCAGAUAUUGGGCGAUGAGCUAGGGAAGCAGGAUGGGUAA